AUACCCAUUAAAAUGCAAGGCCACAGUAUAUACACUGUAUAACUUUGAUCGAUAUAUUUGAGCAGAUAUUGAUAGAUCUAUCUGCAAAAAAAUUACAAACCGAUAGAUAUACAAUUUACAUAACUAUUGAUCAUGACAUUUUAAAUGUUUUAAAAAAGGACUUGUGCUGAUAUCAGAAAACGAUUUUCGGAAAAUUGAGUCUUUUUUCCGUAACUGUAAAAGAUUACACUCGACGUUCAGUACUUUUUGUUAGAAGCUCAAUUAUCACGCGAUGAUAACGUGUGUGACAUGAAUGUUAUAUUUAAUUUCAAGUCGUCUGUCUGAGAUGUGAGAUACAGAAGCUUUGGAGCGGAGACGACGAUGGAUUCCGACACAGAAAAUAUUGAGGAGUUCUCAGGAAUCGAGCAACCGCCUCUGCUGGAGCAGAUCAAACGCAUCCUUGAUGAGUACAGAAAUGAUGUACAAAUCAUUAAGGAGCUUAUUCAAAAUGCCGACGAUGCAAAUGCAACAGAAAUGCGCAUACUGUAUGAAGGAAGAAUAAUUAACCCAGAGCGUGAAGAUGAGUCAGAAUAUUGUCGAUUCCUCAGAGCACCUGCUUUGGUUUUUUACAACAACAAAACUUUUACCAAAGAUGAUUGGAGAGGAAUUCGCUCGAUUUAUACAAGUGUCAAAAGAGACGAUCCCCUUAAGAUUGGCCGCUUUGGCCUUGGCUUUAAGUCUGUCUUCCACUUAACAGAUUAUCCUUGCAUCAUAAGCGGACAAUGUGCCCUUUUCAUAAAUCCACAUGCUAAAGAAUUUGGGAAGAUCUGUGUGAUGGUGAAAUUGAAAGACCUAACCAAAUGGCACCGACUUAAUGAAAAUGACUACAGAAACAGCUUAAUCAAUACCUUUGGGUUUGACGACGACACUUUGACAUCUGGUUUUUACAAUGGUACCAUGUUUUGGUUUCCGUUGCGACAGCAUUUUUCAUCACUUUCGGAAAACACAUAUCCGGAGGAAAAUGUAUACAACUUACUGCAUGCAUUUAUAUCAGAGUCGGAUAGAAGUUUGUUGUUUCUAAAGACACUAUGUAGCAUCACGCUGUAUGUUGACAUGCAAGAUUCUGAUAAUGGGCAACAAAAUCAUUCUCAACUAUCCUUCAAAGAACUGAAUUCAAUGAACUUGGGAAAAGAAAAACCUUACUUUAUCGUAUCAGUAAAUAAUAAAUCCAACGACAUAGAGAAGGAAAGAGCACUUUUUCUUAAAGAGCUCCAAGAUAUUGAAAACGAAGUACCUGAUGUUUCAAAGCAAUGGGUGUUCGAUAUCACAGUGCAAACAUUAGCAAAUACUUUUGAAGAAGACAGCAAGAUUGCAAAAUCUCGUUGGUUAAUUGUUAAUUAUCUGAAAGGAGGAGACAUAUCUGACAAGCUGGGACUACUGAUGAAAGACAAAGAGCUUGGCUAUCCACAUAUUGUUGGUGUAGCAGCAUCAAUAGAUGAGCAAAACAACUUUACAAGCACUUCAGGUCAUGUAUUUUGUUACCAGCCAUUACCGCAAGAAAAUGUAUCCAUGACAGGAUUACCUGUUCAUAUAAAUGGAUUUUUUUCAUUAAGUCAGAACAGAAGACACGUAAGAUGGCCUGAUCAAGGGGACAUGACUAUGGGUCAAGGUGAUAAGAAAAUCGAGUGGAAUCUUGAGCUUUUGACACAAGUAUUACCAGAGGCCUAUGAAAUAUUGUUGAAAGAACUUGCAAAUUUGUGUCAGAAAGAGAGUAAUCCAGAUUACCUUUUGAAGGCAUUGUACAAUGCAGUGCCUGACCUUUGGGUUGUUAAUGAACAUUGGCGUACAUUAGCUGAAAUUGUUCUAGAACUUUGUAAUGACAAAUCCAUUUUCUACACUAAACAGGAUGGUGGAAGAUGGAUUCAGAUCCGUGACGCAGUGUUCACAAAGUCAAGGCAAUGUGCGGAACAAACUAACCUAACUGAUGAAUACAUGGACACCGUUUUUGAUCUUCUUAUUUUAGACAAAGUCAAUGCCGUUGUGGUCCCCGACCAUGUAUCGGAAUCUUUCAAAAAGAAAGGUUGUAAAGUAACAUAUGCGAAACCAGCGUAUCUUAAAUCGCACAUGGCAUUGACACACAACAGCAAUUACAAAGGUCUGAAUUUAGACAAAAAACAAGAUCUCUUUGAAUUUGUAAUGUUGGAUUCUUCUACAGAGGGACUCGAAGAUCUGGAACUGUUGCCUCUUGCAGACGGAACGUUCACGACAUUUUCUACAGGGAAAAAAGUUAUCUUGGAGACAAAUGAUAUUGUUGAAAUUUUUCCCGGUCAAGAAAGCAAUUUUGUCCAUGUGAAUCUUAGAAAGAAAACAACAACACACCUGACGGAACUUGUUGACAAAGGAGGGUACUGUCUGGCAGCACUGAGUGACGAUGCUACUGUUACUAUGGUGAGCAACGUUCUCCAGAACAACUUUGGAGAAAAAGACACUAUUCAUGUAAAAGAAUCUGAAGCUAAGAAAUGGAAAAAAUGGGUAAGAGACAUUUGGAAUUUGGUUCAAAAAAGGUUUCGGGACUCUAUAAAGAAGUUUAUUGAUUGUCCAAUUUUCCCAAUUAUAAGUGUGGACAACGGGGAAAAUUUGUCUGACUUCUUAUUGAUAAAACUUAGUACGAACAUUCUAUAUUUACCAUUGCUGAACCAAAUCGAGGAUAGAGUAUUGAUAAAACGUUCAUUCGACUUGUUAUCAGUGUCAGUUACUGAGAACAUCCCCUUUGAUAUUGACGUUGGUCUUAUAAGUAACUUUUUAUUUGACGAAACGAGUGAACGAAUAACAUCUCUAUUCGAGCAUCUAUCAUCCCAGCAAGUGUGCAAAUUCAACAACGACACCUGUGAUGAGAGUAGUGCCGCUCUGCUGAGGUUUUUGGCCGAGCGAAUACACACCAAUAUUCGUAAAACUGGUAAGCAAACCAUACGGAAACUUAGACUUUUCAGAGGAUAUAAAAUUCAAACACAAAGCGAUCUUGUUUCAUUGAAUGAAAUAGAUGACGUUUACGAUGGUAAAGAAUAUCCAGUCCAUUUUCCAUCUACAAUGAUUACGUUGAAUUCGAAUGAAGAAAAGAUCUUAGCGGAACGUCUAGACGCAAAUGUUAUAUCAGAACUAGAACUGGUAAGAAAAACGAUUCGCAGUAUAAAUGAAUAUACAUCAAAUGAGAAGGAAAAGUUUGUUUUUUGGAUAAUAUUGAAAGGAGAACAUUUCAAAUAUCAUGAUGUUCAAGAAAAAUUAAAACAUAUAGCUUUUCUUAAAUCCAGUAACGAGUCGUUCUACAUGCCAAGCGAUUUGUUCGAUCCAUCCGAAAAAUUGAUAUGUGAUCUGUUCAAGGGGGAAGCUUUGUUUCCAGAAUUAGUCAAGAAUGAGCAUAGACUCUUUAUACUUCAUGCCUUAAAACAUUUCGGUCUCAAAACAAUAAAAGAUCUUACCGUACAUGAUGUUAAUCGUGUAAGUGAUGCAGUAAAUCAUAUGGCUGAUGGAAAUUUAGAACUGGACUUAACAAAAUGCAAAGCAUUACUACAUGUUAUGAAUGAACACAGCCAUCUUGUUCAAAACGAUUAUAUAAACACCAGAAGAUGUAUAUUCAUCGAGGACACAAUGGAAGAUAUUUAUUCUAAAAAUAUUCCAUUAAAAAACAGACAGAAAAAUAAUGCUGACACUUCACCCUUGAUUUGCACGCCAAUGGAUAUUCACUCAGCCAAACAUGUUAAUCUAAUUGGAUCAGUAAUGUUUAUAAUUGACAGCAAACGUUUACCACAUUUGUCUGAUGUAUUUCAUUGGAAUUCACAGCCGAAAGUAUGCAUGGUCCUAGAACACUUACAAAUUAUUGUAAAAGAAUAUCAGCCAAACCUUAAAGCGUCAUAUCUGCCUAUUGUUACCUGUAUUUAUGAAUGGCUUUCAAAACAGGAUGAAGUCAGAAAAGACGAUCUGAAAAUAAUGAUCGAAAACCGGUUUCUUAAACCCCACAAUUCAUUUGUUUGGGAUGGAAGCAUAUUCCAGCCAAUCGAAACGAUGUACAUUGAAAAAUCAAAAGGGGAAAUAAACCUUAUGCCAUUUAUGCAUCCUCUUCCUGCAGAACUUCAGUCUUUAGCAGACUUUUUCUUGCAACUUGGAUGUCUAAAGUCGAUUGGAUAUGAUACAUAUGUCGACACUUUGCAGCAAAUAAAAAAUUUAGAGCAACAGACAAUAGAUAACGAAGACGUUGCAGAGAGAUUUACAGAAAUGGCUAUAGCAAUUUUAAACAGAAUAAAAAAGAACUUUCUUGAUGACUUUGUCAGAAGUGAUAGAAAGCUCUUUUUUCCAACAAUAGGAGAAAAUGGUGGCAUCCAUAUGAUGCCAACUGAGUCCUGCACUUAUUGUGAUGAACAAUGGCUGAAAAAUAUGGACUUUCAAUUUGAUGGUGAUAUUUAUUACAUUCACCCAGACCUACCAAUAUCAACAGCUGAUGCUCUAGGUGUUCCGUCCUUACGCCAACAUAUGAUGAGCGACACAGAGGCAUUUGCUGAAUGGGGCCAAGAAGAACCUUUAACAAGACGGCUAAGAAAUCUUUUAAAGGAAGGUUAUGUUGAUGGAUUUUCUGUGGCUAAAGAGUUGUUUCAAAAUGCUGAUGAUGCUGGGGCAAAGACACUGUGUAUUUUGUUUGAUGAGCGAGAAAAUAACGAAGCAAAAACAGGACUCAUUAAUGAAAGCAUGGCUGAAUGUCAAGGACCAGCUAUCUGGGCUUACAACGACGCACAAUUUACUGAGUCUGACUUUGAAAAUAUAACAAAACUUAGUGGUGCUACAAAAGAAGAUGAUUCUACUAAAAUAGGGAAAUUUGGUUUAGGCUUUUGUGCCGUUUACAACAUAACCGAUGUACCUAGUUUUGUGUCAGGGGAAAACAUGGUGAUUUUUGACCCUGAUAUGUCACAUCUUGGGAAUGUUCUACCUGGACGAAGCCCAGGACUCCGUGUCAACUUUAGAAAGAUGAGCAACUCAAAUUGUUUUAAAUGUCUCCGAAAUCUAUUCCUGCCAUUCGAAGGUAUUUUUGAUUGCAGAAUUCUUGACACUGCAUCGCCUUUUUUCAACGGAACAUUAUUUCGGUUACCAUUACGAAAUAGAGCAAGUGAUAUAAGUGAUGUAGUUUACACGACUACAGAGGUUAAGCAGCUAUUCGAAAAGAUAAUGUCUAUGGCAGCAAACAUGCUUCUUUUCAAUCAAAAUGUUGUGAAUUUCAAACUUCUGCACAUACCGAAAACGGAACGUGAUCCGAAGAAGGCAACAUUAUUAUUUGAGGUGCGCAAGAACGCCGUCAGGUUGUGUGCAACAGAUAAUGCAGGAUUAAAUGCUUUAUCUAUGCUAGUCGAAGCUUCGGAACGAAAAGAAUCCAAGACACUAUUUUACUUUCCACUUCAAGUCAUAGACAAGGUUUCCAUUCAAAUCAAUGCCUACUUCCAUUCGAAAUUUAAUGUACAUACAGAAGAUAAUGGGACAAAAGAGGACUGGUUUGUAAGCUGGUCAACAGGGAUAGAGGAAAACACAAUCAGUAUGUCGUAUGAAGAAAAGGGAACAUUACCACUAGGUGCUGUAGCAAUACCAGUGAAAUAUACGAAAGAAGGAAAAGUUGAUGUUUCAUCACUCAAUAAACUUCCGGAUCGGUUUUAUCAAACAGGACACCUUUUCUUCCUUUUGCCAUUAUCUAUAGAGCAUAAAUUUCCGUUCCAUAUAAACAGUCAGUUUACAGAAACAUCAGACAGGAGACAACUUAAAACAGCGGCGGAAGAUAACAAAAAUGUUAAGAUGAAAGAGUGGAACAGAUAUCUACUUCAGGAUUCGGUUACCCAAGCAUUACUCUUUUUGCUGACACAAUUACAUUCACAUGUUUCUCUAGGCGAAUAUCACUUUUCCCAACUUUGGCCAAAGCACGACACAGCAGAAGUUUUAGAAUUUUUGCCGGCUGCAUUCUAUCAAAACGUUGUCAGGCCAGGUGUUUACGAUGUGUUCGAAAAAAAUGGACAAUGGUUUAAUAUUUCGAAGUGUGUCUUUAUUGAAAGACAAAUCCGCUCUUUAGAUAUUGGUGAAAUAGUCUUUGAUGAACUGUCAAAGUUAACCGAGUAUGUAAUAGAUGUUUCUGACAACAUUUAUGAUAUGCUUAAACAGGCAGAUCAGGUCUUGAUAGAUCGACUGACUAUUUCGAUGGAAACAUUUUUCUUAGAAUAUUUGUUCCCAAGUCUUCAAACGUUUUCAUCUCGACAGCAAAUGGAGGAGAAUGUUAAACAUCUCAUAUGCUAUGCUAUAGAUUUACAGAAUGAAAAAAUAGAUAACUGGUUGAAACAAAACAAAUGCAUACCGUCACAACCAAACGGUAUUCUAAAAUGUCCCAAGGACUUAAUUAACACUAACUCAUUUUUAGCUGAAAUGUUUGUCGCGGCAGAUGGCUUUUUUCCUGAAAUUCCCUUCACUGAAGAACAUGUUUCAAUGAAAUUGCAGAAACUCGGACUUAUGUUUAAUGUCCUGACAGAUGAAAUCGUUAUCAACAGGGCUAAUUCAAUCGAAAUCUUAAGCAAAAAGUGUUUAAAUUGUGCUGUUAAACGUUCCGCAUAUUUGCAAUGCUAUCUUAGUAGAAAUAAGGAUAUGCAUGAAAGUAUCUUCUGUGAUCUUGGAAAUUUGAAAUUUAUUCCCGUUCUAGCAAAACCAAAGGACUGGGUUUUCGAGUGGCACGCUGACAUGUUUUUAAGCAGCAAAAAUACAAAAAAAUGCAAAUUACACAAAGCAAGCCAUGAAAAAUGCAAAACGUCAUUUUUUGAUCGUCCGGCAAACAUGUACUUCAGCACUUGUAAGAAUAUCGUCGGAUGUGUUGCAUUUAUAAUGGACGACAUUUCUUAUAGUAUGUUGAAUUCGGAGACGAAAAUUUUCAAAGAUAUGCUUGAAAAACUUAGAAUGAAAGGACGUGUGAAGACUACUAUUGAACCAAAAUUCGCAUCAGAGAACUUGAUAAGUAUUUCUACUUCUUUCCAAGAGUUAGCACCUGACAAAAUUACCUAUGUUUCAUCGAUUGUACAAGACAUUUACCAGUACUUUGAACAAGUUUGCAAAACGAAAGAUAAACCAAACGAUUUGGCUAUAUCACUAAGAGAUGAACCUAUUGUUUAUGUAGCAAAGCAGUUUGUUAAAACUAGUUUUGUAUCGGAGUGCUCACUUUUUGACUGUAAACCAUACAUUUAUUGCUUGGAUGAUUCGCCUCUAAAAAAUUGUCCUCUCUUUUGUAAAUGUCUGAAAAUAGCUGAUUAUUUUGAUCCAUAUUUUCUUUUAUUGAUUAUCCAAGGUAUCAAAAAUGAAAAGAAAGAAAAUUUCCUUUCAAAACAAGACAUAAGGACAAUUAUAGAUAUUCUGUACUGUUUUAAAAACAGUAUAACAGUUUUCUACGGACAGUCGUUUGAUGUUCAAAGUAUUGUGAAAGAUGAGACAGAGGCGAUCUACGGACCAGAUGAAAACGGAGUGUUACAAAAUUGCCAAAAAAUGUGUUUCAACGACUAUGACGAAGUUGCGAAAAGCGAUUCUAUGAUUUAUGCUCAUAAAAGUUUCCCUGCAGAUUUAGCUAAAUUCGUAGGAGUGAAACCAAAGUUGUAUCACUGUCUUCAAGAAAAUCCGGAAGACAUUGAAGAUUUUUGUCAUGAUGAACCGCUAAUAACGCAUUUGAAAAAUCUUCUUGAAGGAUAUCCUGUCGAUUCAGGUAUACUUAAAGAACUUAUUCAAAAUGCUGAUGAUGCAAAGGCUACGGAAAUACAUUUUGUCAAAGACUAUAAGACACACCCACAGCAUAAUAUAAUCGAUCAAAUGUUUCAACCUCUGCAGGGCCCUGCGCUGGUCGUUUGUAACGACAGUGCAUUUUCAAAUGAUGACAUAAAAGGAAUACAAAGGCUUGGGAGAGGCAAUAAAUCAGAUGAUCCUUCCAAAACAGGUCGGUAUGGCAUCGGAUUCAGUGCAGUUUACAAUUUAACAGAUGCUCCAUCAUUCUUGACUAAAGGCGGAAAUAUUGAGAAUGGAGAAACACUGUGCUUUUUUGAUCCAUUGGCUAAGUUUGUACCAAAUGUUACCAAACGAAAGCCUGGAAUACGCUACAAAGAUGUACAGAUAAUAAGAAAAAGACACGCAGAUAUGAUGAGUGGAUAUCACGAAAAGACUUUAAUAACCGGACAACAAGGAACAGUGUUUAGAUUCCCAUUAAGAACAGAUGAAAUGGCGAAAACGUCACGCAUAAAAGAUGAAUCAGUAAGCAUGGAUAUGGUAUCUGAUAUUUUGAAAGAGCUCUCCAAAGAUUUAAGCAAUGUCUUAAUUUUCUUAAAAAAUCUAAAGACAGUGAAAAUUUCGUCAUAUAAAGAUGAUCGCUUCAUACUAGAGUUACAAAUCAGUCUUGAAAUGAGUGAAAGGGACAGUGAGAAACGUAAAGAGUACGUGCAAAAGCAACACCAAAUGUGUGCAGAAUUCAAAAAGUCAAAGGAAGCAAUAUUUAACUUUGAUCAGUUCUGUACAAUAUAUGAACUAACAAUAAAUGUGAGAAAGAGGCAAAUACAACAAGCUUUACACUACAUUGUUGUACAGAUACUAGGAUUUACCCAAAACUCCAAAAUAGACCCAGUUAUUGUAGAAAAAAUUGUCACUGGCAAGUUAGGACUUCUGCCACAUGGAGGGAUCGCUUUACAAGCAAAAAUGAGAACAGAUACUUGCGAUAGGCUUGUGUGGGAGACAAAAAAAAAAUGUAAGGCGUUUUGUUUCUUGCCUCUACCUAUUAAAACAGGUCUUCCUGUACAUGUUCAUGGAUAUUUUGCCUUAGAUCACGAAACAAGGAGGUCUCUUUGGAAAUCAGAGGUGGAGAAAAUAUGUCACAGAACUUUAUAAAAUAACAU